UGUAUAAGCAUGUGACAACUGCAAGCUCUGUUUCUGUAGUUCAAAUGUAAAAGAUGGAAAUCGCGUCAAAACCGUUCAAUAUUGUGAUGAUAUGAUAUACUUACAAUAUCGCCAAAGUGUAUGAGGAGUGUUUUGUUUGGACAUAAUUUCCAUUAAUCUCCUGGCGAUGCCGUCGCGUUUAAGAUAAGUUACAUAAAGACAACUCGAAAGGAUUUUCCUCAACAUAGAAGGAAAAUGGCAUCCUAUUCCUCACGGAAUUCCGUGCGAAGAAAUGUCCACUCGAAGCACGGUGAUAGGUUUCUCUACGAACUUUCACCUGGUCAAAUCGGAACGUACAACCCAGGCUCUUCUUCGCAGAGAAAUUAUCUUCAACCUCCCAGCGUGAACGUUCUCAAAGUUACUACACCUUCGCCUAGUGUUUCCCAGCGCCAAGGUUCCACUAGACGGACCUCUACGUCAGAGCCCCAGCUCUACAAUCAAUACGGCAUCAAUGGAUUUACACAAAAUACGAUGAACCAAACCCAACCAUCAUUCAUCCCACCGUACGGGUAUACAGCUCCCUAUGUAGGCCUAUCAGGGCCGAUGGGCUUCGUUGGUCAGAAUCCUCCGCCUUUAGUUCUUCAGGGACCUCUUAGUCAACAAAAUGCAGCCGUUAUUCCUGUCGAGUUUACUCCAAAUUUUGGAUUCGGAUAUGGUGGGUGGCAUUCUAGAUAUCCGUACCAAUUUUCGAAACAUCACCCUCAGCAGUCGGUUAUUGUUUUACAUGAUAGUCAAUCUGCGUCAUCCAAAAAAGAGAAGAGUUCUUCAAAACACCAUUAUUAUGGACCAAGCGGGGAACCCCUGCCUGGUCCGCCCAAAGAAUUCACAUUCGGCAAUCAUGGAAACAUGGCUUACAAUGCACAGUCGUGGAUAGAAAAAGAUGUGGCCCCUUUUAAUGAGCAGAAGCGUCAGUCAUUACACCUACCACCUAUUCAUCAAAACUUUACAUUUAAAGGAACUUUGGACUUCGGACAACUGGCCCAAGUAGAAUUUGGAGACGCAUCAAAGUUACCCGAUUUUGUGAUUUCCGAGCUACAACAAAAAUAUGGCCACGCUCGAAAAGCUGAAGUAACGGUCACUGCUGCCAAUGGACAGUAUAAUAUUAGCGGUCGUGUUUUGGACGAACCGAAAGACGAGAACACUGACAAUAAUUUCAUUUUAGAAAAAUAUCUAAAUGAUCUUUAUAAAAAACAGAGGAAAAAGAAGAAAAGAAGGAAACGACAUGUGGACACAGAAGAAGAGACAGAUACAGAGGAUGAUGAAGACUAAGCUAACGACCUAUACCAUGUCAGCUUUCAUAAGUGAAAAUCUGCUCUCGGCAUUCUGUUAUCUCGUAGCCAAGGAUAUUAUCGCUGUUACUAAUCCGAGACAUUAUGUGCACUUUAUCACCAGUAAAUAGAGUUUCAAUAUCGAUCUUUUCACGUUUUUAGAAAAUACUGUGGCAGAGCUAUUUACGCUUAAAGGUUUAAUAAAAAGGACACGAGGGAAAAGGAGGCGAUAUUUACAUGAUAGUCAUGUAAAAUAUUUAUGGGCGAUGCAUGCCGAGGAGGGGGGGGGGGGUGCGGGAAGACCCUCCCCUCCUCCUAAACAGGCGGCGUUUCAACUAUGAAUACAGUGACGGAUUCAUUGAAAAGGGGUAGGGGUUUCCAAGGUUCCUAAACACCGUAAAUGGGUACAGCGUUUGAUAUGCACUUAACGGAACACUUCAUGGUGAUACUUAUAUGACUUAAAUUGUUACUAAUAAGAUUAUCAUAUUUGAAGCUUCCAGAACUGAAUGCAAAUUAUUAUCAAUGUGUAAACCUAUCUCAAUUAUUUAUUAAAUGUAUAAUUUAAUAAUCUGGUUGAUGAA